GCCACGCCCUCGAGCAAUGCGACGGCGGCGACGGCCUUCCCGACGGACAUUGGCUUCCUGGGCACGACGAUUGCGGGCAGCCCUCCCUUCACCGUGCAGCGCGACACGUUGCUCAACAGCUCCACGCCCAACGCCGCGCUCGGGCCGUCGCCCUACGAGCGGCGCUGGCACGCCACGGACGACGCCUCCAACGGCACGGCGUUCAGCAUCUGGGAGCACAUGGGCAACACGUCGCCCUACGCCUCCUCCAAGCUCUUCCCCGACGCGCAGCGCUUCCAGGAUCUGCCGCCCACGUGCGCCGUGAGCGGCGUGCACAUUCUCCAUCGCCACGGCGCACGCUUCCCUACCAGCUCGACGUCCGAGGGCGCGCCUCUCUUUGGCGCUACGAUUCGCAACGCCACCAAUCUCACCUCUACUGGUCCCCUGUCCUUUCUCAACACGUGGCAAUACCAGCUCGGCGCCGAGCUGCUCGUUCCUGCAGGGCGCAGCCAGCUCUUCGACAGCGGAGUCGCCGCCGCCUUCCGCUACGGCAAGCUGCUCAACGCCUCGCAGGCCAAUGGCGCAAAGCCUGUGCUCCGCACCACCUCGCAGAGCCGCAUCCUCGACAGCGCGCGCUACUGGUCGCUCGGCGCCUUUGGCUGGAACGCGCCCGAGCUGAUCAACCUCGAGGUGCAGAUCGAGGGCGACGGCUUCAACACGAGUCUCGCUAGCUACGACACGUGCAACAACUCGAACACGAUCGACGUCGCGGGCACGUAUCUCGAGCCCCAGUGGCUGAGCAUCUACCUGAAGAACGCGACUCAGCGCCUGCAGCAGUACACCAGCCUCAACCUGACGGCCGAGCUCGUGUACGGCAUGCAGUCUCUCUGUCCCUACGAGACGCAGGCGCUCGGCUUCUCCAACUUCUGCGCGCUGUUCACCGAGGAUGAAUGGCGCGGCUACGACUACUAUCUCUCGCUCCAGUUUGCGGGCUCGUACGGCUUCCUGUCGCCCAGUGGCAAGGCGCAGGGCAUCGGCUACGCGCAGGAGUUGCUUGCUCGUCUGACGAGACAGACGGUGCCGCCGCCCGUGACGACGCAGAACACGACGUUCAGCACCAGCGAGCUCUACAGCCCCUUCAACCAGAGCUUCUACGCAGACUUUACACACGACGACAUCAUCGUCUCGGUGCUGACGGCGCUCAACUACACUCAGUUCGCCGACUAUCUCGACCCGACGGCGCUCCCAUCCGCCUCCAACUUCACCCUCUCUCAAAUCACUCCUUUCUCGGCGCAGCUCGCCUUCGAAAUCAUCGACUGCCAAGCGAACAACGCCACCUCGACGCCCGACGGACCCGCGGCCGAGUCGACGCAGUACCUGCGCACGGUGCUCAACGACGCCGUGGUGCCCAUGGACGCCGACCAGGGCUGCACGACGCCGACGCCCAAUGCGGCCCUGUGCAAGCUGAGCGACUUCAUCGACUACCAGAACCGCACGGCCGUCGCGGCGGCCAACUUCGACAAGGCGUGCUUCGGCGUCAACGGCACCGACUUCUCCAUCACUGGCCCCGUGCGCAACGGCACGGUC